AUGAGUCGAAGUUCACUGUCCAUUUUCCACGACACGGCCGGAUGGAAGCAUUUAGAAACGUGGAUGAAGUGUCUGCAAGAAAUGGUAGUCAAUCUUAAACCGGAAGAUUUUAUUCAAAUAGAACGAUCAGAACUUCUGGAUUUAAUUUUCAAGGCGGUGCAACAUGUGAAUCGAUUUGUUCGAGAAACUGGCUAUGAUGUGUUGGCCACAAUUAUUCUCGGCAACGGAUGUCAUAACGAUCCUAACACGAACCAAAGUCGGUACGUGGAUGUGUCUAAACAGUUGGUGGUCGGUUUAUCAGAUAACUGGAGUCAAGUAAGUUUCGUUUUUGUAAUCCACCCGGUCUAUAGACCAAGUUUUUAA